AAGCGUCACCGGCCCAGCUCCUCCUAUGCGCGGGGCGGGGGAUCCGCCGUCCGCCCGCCUCCUCCUGUGCCUCUUCCUCCGGCGGCAGCGGCGCGGGCGGUAGCGGCGGCGGCAGCGGCAGCUCUGCAUAGCGCUAUGGCGGGGAACAGCGAGCGCACCUUCAUCGCCAUCAAGCCCGACGGCGUCCAGCGCGGGCUGGUCGGGGAGAUCGUCAAGCGCUUCGAGCAGAAAGGGUUCCGGCUCGUGGGCAUGAAGUUCGUGCAGGCCUCUGAAGAACUUCUCAAACAACAUUACAUUGACCUGAAAGACCGCCCCUUCUUCCCUGGUUUGGUUAAAUACAUGAAAUCUGGACCUAUUGUGGCCAUGGUAUGGGAAGGACUCAACGUGGUUAAAACUGGGAGAGUAAUGCUGGGGGAAACCAAUCCUGCAGACUCCAAGCCUGGCACCAUCCGUGGUGACUUCUGCAUUCAAGUGGGAAGGAACAUCAUCCAUGGCAGUGACUCAGUGGAGAGUGCACAGAAAGAGAUCAACCUGUGGUUCAAACCCACAGAGCUCAUCGACUUCAAGCCCUGUGCACAUGACUGGAUCUAUGAGUGAUGGGUUCCCACAGGGAUUUGUGCCUUCUAACACCUCAUCUCAUUCCAGCUGCUGCCCUGGGAGCAAACAGUUAUCUUACUGCUAAAACUGACUGUCAAAUAAAUGGGUGUGAACUAA